GCGGUUCAUUCCUCCGUCCCGCUGAAGGAAAGUUUGUGUCCCUAUCUGAGCUUCUGCUGAAUGCUGCUGCAUUUCUCCGCUGACACACACAGUUGCUGGUUUUCAGCACUGAAUAAGAAAGCGGAGCUGAAGGAACAUGGCGGCUGAAGUCGCUCAGCGAACCGGAGCUGCCUUCCCGCCGAACAGGGGUCAGUUUCUCCCGGAGCUGAAUGGAGUUUUUUCCGCUGUCGGACUCUGCCUGGUGGCCUAAGCCACAGCCCGCGAGCUCACAUCCACGGGGAGACCCUGUUCAACACGAUGAGAGGACACUGAUUCCCGCUGGCUUGAUCUGCUGACCGGCGACAUGUCCGACCAGAGCUACUACUGGACCGUCCUGCCCAGCUACAAGACCAGCUUCAUGGCUGGAGCGAUGAUGAGGAGGUCGAAGAGGUGUUUGUAUCUUCCCGCCUCCUGUCUCUGUAGCCAGCUGGCCCGCACCGAAAGCAGGGCGGAUGGGCGAAGGUGGUCUGUGGCGUCUGUUCCCUCCUCUGGAUACUGCACCAAUGCACCCAGUUCAUCAGUUUCUUCGUCGUCUUCUCACGAGCUGUUGCACCAGCUGCCAUCUCAGCCCACCCAAGAUGAUCUUCACCUGCUCUUCAAACAUUUCCGGAGCUCUGAGAGCGCGGCGGACGACGAGGGAGCCCAGCCAGUGCACCAUGUCAGGCUCCGCUCCCGCAGCCUCAGCCCUGGGCGGACCUGCGGAACGUUCGACAAUGAGGUUGUCAUGAUGAAUCACGUCUACAAAGAGCGCUUCCCCAAGGCAACUGCUCAGAUGGAGGGUCAGCUGGUCCACAUCAUUUCAGAGUAUUCUCCAGAUACGUCUCUCCCCCUGGCCGACGGCGUGCUGGGAUUCAUUCAGCACCAGCUGGUGGAGCUGGCCAGGGACUGCCUGGACAAGUCCCAGGACGGCCUGGUCACCUCCAGGUACUUCGUGGAGCUGCAGGAAAAGCUGGAGAAACUGCUCCAUGAGGCUUAUGAGCGUUCAGAGAGCGAGGAGGUGACCAUCAUCACUAAGUUGGUGAAGAAGAUCCUCAUCAUCAUCUCCAGGCCUGCCAGACUGCUGGAGUGUUUGGAAUUUGAUCCAGAGGAGUUCUACCAGCGUUUGGAAGCUGCAGAGGGCCAAGCCAAAGUAGGCCAUGGCAUCAAGACCGACCUUCCUAGAUACAUCAUCAGCCAACUGGGCCUCACCAGAGAUCCACUGGAAGAGGUGGUCCACUUGGAGCAGACCAGCCCGUGUCAGAGAUCAGCCAGCAGGGAGUCCGAUGACUCUGGAGAGGCAACACCUGUGCAGAGCCGAGCAGCUUCCACCCCUCCUUGUCGAAAACCACGCGAGAGUGACUUUGAAACCAUAAAGCUAAUCAGCAACGGCGCCUAUGGAGCCGUGUACCUGGUGCGACACAAAGAGACCCGCCAACGCUUCGCCAUGAAGCAGAUCAACAGACAGAACCUGAUCCUCAGGAACCAGAUCCAGCAGGUGUUUGUGGAACGAGACAUUCUCACGUUUGCUGAAAACCCGUUUGUGGUCUCCAUGUUCUGCUCCUUUGAGACCAGGAGGCACCUCUGCAUGGUCAUGGAGUAUGUAGAAGGCGGGGAUUGUGCCAACCUGCUGAAGAACAUCGGCCCCCUCCCUGUGGACAUGGCCAGGAUGUACUUUGCAGAGACGGUGCUCGCCUUGGAAUACCUCCACAACUACGGCAUCGUGCACAGAGAUCUCAAACCAGACAAUUUGUUGAUCACCUCCAUGGGUCACAUUAAGCUGACGGACUUCGGGCUGUCGAAGAUCGGCCUGAUGAACAUGACGACCAACUUGUACGAAGGACACAUCGAAAAGGACACCAGGGAGUUUAUAGACAAACAGGUGUGCGGCACGCCAGAGUAUAUCGCUCCUGAGGUCAUCUUGAGGCAGGGUUAUGGCAAACCAGUGGACUGGUGGGCCAUGGGGAUCAUCUUGUACGAGUUUCUGGUGGGCUGUGUGCCUUUCUUUGGAGACACUCCAGAGCAGCUCUUUGGUCAGGUGGUAAACGAUGACAUCAUCUGGCCUGAAGGUGAAGAUGCUCUGCCAGCCGACGCUCAGGACCUGAUCACCCGACUGCUGAGACAGAACCCUCUGGAACGUCUGGGAACAGCUGGAACCACAGAGGUGAAGAGUCACAUGUUCUUUUUGGGCCUGGACUGGAACGGCCUCCUGAGGCAGAAAGCAGAGUUCAUACCUCAGCUGGAGUCUGAAGAGGACACCAGCUACUUUGACACACGGUCGGAGCGCUACUGCCAUCUGGGUUCAGAUGACGACGAAACCAACGAUGACGAGUCCAACCUGGAGCUCAGACAGUUCUCCUCAGUCGCUCACCGCUUCAGCAAGGUGUACAGCAGCACAGAACACCUGUCCACGUCCACACCGUCCAAUCAGAGCCUGUCUUCCUCGGAGCGAAGCCACAGCGAGGAGAAGGAGGACCGUUGGGACGGUAGGGGAGGCCUUUCACCGGGAGACGGAUACAAGAACUUGGCCGGUGGAGACAAGAAGGCAGAUGUACCCAGAGGGAGCCUUCGUCCACGUGCCUCCUCCAGCCCGUCGCACCCAGAGCGCGGCGGCAGCGGCCCGCUGGUGAUGAGCAGCACCCAGAGCCUGGAUGUCACGGCUCGCUUCGCCAUCCCCGCUGAGGAGGAAGACGGGAUCGUUUCCAACCUGAGGCGGAUCCGACUGCGCAGCAACAGCACGGGCACCAGGCCGUCGUUCCGCAGAGGGGCGUCCCGGCGGAUCGCUCACCAACUGGAGACCCCAGAGAAACCCAGAUCCCCGUCUGGCAACGUCCCCAAGUCUGCUUCAGUCUCCGGUCUGUCCCUCAUCAUCACCCCAGACGACUCAGCAGUUCCUCCUUUGAGUCCCAAAUCAUCUCUGUCCCUGUCGUCCAACCCCUCGUCCCGGGACUCGUCCCCCAGCCGGGACCUGCCCGUCAGCGUCAGCUGCCUCAGGCCCCCGGUGGUCAUCCACAGCUCGGGCAGGAGGUUUGGCUUUGCCCUGCGAGCCAUCAGGGUGUACAUGGGAGACAGCGACGUCUACACGGUUCACCACAUGGUCUGGGCUUGUCUGUUUCACACCAACUACUGGCUGAAAUGUUUCCCACAGAGCGGCAACAAGGUGACCCUGCAGACAACGGCGCUGGAGAACACGUCCAUCAAGGUGGGCCCCGCCAGGAGGGCCAGCUACAGGGCCAAGAUGGUCAGACGCAGCAAGAAGAGCAAGAAGAAGGACGGUCAGGAGAGCACCAGACGUCGCAUCAUUAAGAAGCUGUCCAAGCAUACGGCUCCCCCCCCGAUGCAGAACAGCCGUAGCUUCUCCUCCGGCUUCCCGCAGUCGUCCAGCGACAGCCUCUCCGGUUCCCCCACACACAGCCUGUCCCCCGGGCCGUCCACGCCGUGUCGCUCCCCUGCGCCGGACCACUCUGGAGAUUCCAGUUCGUCUCCUUGCUCCAGUUCUCCCAACUCUCCGGUACCGCAGGCUCGUCCCAGCUCCCUCCACGUCCACGGCCGUUACGCCAAGGCAGGGCGCUGCAAGUCCACCAGCAGCAUCCCUCCGUCCCCUCUGGCCUGUAUCCCUCCGCCGCAGCCCCCGUCCCCUCAGUGCUCCCCUUCCUGUCUCCAGAAUCACCCUAAAUCCCUGCAGGGCUUCCACGGGAAGACGUCGUCCCCUCCCACCGUCGCCCGUCACUCUGUGCGCCCCCGCAGCGUAGAGCCGCCGCGCUCGCCUUUGCUCAAGAGGGUACAGUCAGCGGAGAAGCUGACGGGAGACAAAACGGGUAAGGGGAGUUACCACGGCGACAGGAAGGCGUACAACACCCGCCGGCACACCAUGGAGAUGCCGCUGUCUGAGGGGGAGGGACUGGAGGACGAGGAGGGAGACGCCGGCACCAGGUUCGUCUGCGUGGGGGAGCACGGUCGCCAGGGGCUGAGCCUCGGGGGGCAGAAAGAAACCCACGACUCCGCAGGCGGCGGCGGCAACCACCAGCGGGCGUCGGGCUCUCCUCAGCACCGCGGCGGCCACCCGAAGGAGGCGGUGAGGAAGCUGGCUCUGUCGGAGCGCAGGGAGUCGUUCAAGAAGCAGGGUGCCGUGCAGCAGCUGAACUUCGACCUGGAGGAGACGGCGAGGCCGGAGGCGUCCAGGGUGUCCUGGGUCAACCCCUCCCAGCCCGAACCCAGCAGGAGGCCAGAAGAAGGCGGAGCUCAGAGCGCCGCUCAGAGCGCCGCUCAGCCCAAAGCGAAGUGUAAAGGAAAAGAAGGGCUUUAGAUCCAACAGACGACGCAUGAAUCCAGAAGGAGAAACAUCAUCCUGAAGUCGUCAUCAUCCUCCUCAGCUCUUUACUUCCUCUCCUCAGAUCACUGUGGCGCCAGAAGUAGUCUGUAAAUAUUUUAGUUCAUUUGCAGGAACUGAUAUUUAUGGCCUUUUAGGCUUUUUUCUUUUCUUUUUUUUUAAGACCUGUGAUGCUUCAGACGGAAAAAAUGGGACAGAGUAGUUUGACAUAGUACUUCCCAACAAAUACAUUCUGUGUUCGACUGUGGCCGUUAUUCCUGGACGCCGUGUAUGAAUCGGUGCUCCGCAUCACUCGCUGGGUUUUAAGCCCAAAAGAGGAACUCCUCCUCCUCCUCCUCCUCCUCCUCCUCCUCCUCCUC